CUCUCCUCUGAGCCCGUCUCGGCUGCAUGCACUAUAUAGUGGUCGCCGUGUAUUGUGCGUGGUUUACAACUUGUAUGCACUAUAGCCUUUUCCUAAAUACAACCAUAGAGCUAUUCGCUCUACUCUGUCCGGGUCUUCUGUUGUUUUUUAAUCGGCCUUCAAUACGUGUAUGUGAUGACGGGAUGUACUAUUACGAGAGAAAGUCAUAACAGAUAAUGACCACUUAAUGACGAUGUCUGAAUCAGACGAAGACGAUUCCGUCAUGGUGGUCGACAACGGAUCGGGGUCAAUCAAAGCAGGGUUCGCGGGGGACGACGCACCACGAUUUGUAUUCCCAGCGAUGAUCGGACGCCCCAAGUAUCAGAGACUCGUGCUUUCGACGUUCAUUCGAGAUGAUUAUAUCGGGGACGAGGCUCAGAGAAUGAGGGGUUUUCUCAGUCUGAGAUACCCCAUCGAGCACGGCAUCGUCACGAACUGGGACGAUAUGGAGAAGAUCUGGCAUCAUACUUUCUACAAAAAGCUCCGCACCGACCCCGCCGAGUGCCCAGUCCUUUUCACCGAUGUCCCUGAGAGUACAAAGGCUGGUCGAGAAAAAAAGACUCAGAUUAUGUUCGAGAAGUUUGGCGCCAAAGCGUUCCACAUCUGCACACAGGGCGUCUUGUCCCACUGCGCGUCGGGGCGCACGAUGGCUGUCAUGGUGGACAUCGGCGACGGGGUCAUCAGUGUCGUGCCGAUAUCGGAAGGCUACAUCAUCACCCCGGCCAUCCACCAGGUCAACUUUGGUGGCCGCGACCUCACCCAGAUCAUGAUGAAGAUGUUGAAUGAUAGGGGCUAUUCCUUCGUGACGACGGCUGAAAGAGAAAUUGUCCGGGAGAUCAAGGAAAGUCUUUGCUACGUCGCGCUUGAUUUCGAUAAAGAGACACUCGGGUCAGCUGCAACGACUAAAACCUAUACGCUCCCGGAUCGUCAUGAGAUCACCCUCGGCAACGAGCUCUUCCGCGUUCCAGAAAUCCUCUUCCAACCCUCUCUGGCUGAUCUCGACCACGCCAGCAUUCAGCAACUCGUCUACGACACCCUUAUGAAAUGCGAUAACGAUCUCCGGCGGGACCUCUACUGCAAUAUCAUCCUCGUCGGGGGCUCCACAAUGUUUCCUGGACUCCAGGAAAGACUCCAGAAUGAACUGUGCGCCAUGUUGCCUUCGAAGGCAAGGUGUAGGGUUAUUGCCCCACCGGAAAGGAAGUAUUCUGUCUGGAUCGGAGGGUCCGUCCUCGGCUCACUCACUUUAUUCAAGGAGGUUUGGAUAACGAAGGCGGAGUAUGAAGAACACGGACCGAGUUUCGUACAUGAAAAAUGUAUAAACUAGCAGAACUUGUUCUUGACAGGUCGAUUAAGUGGUCCACCAUUUUGGCUCUAUUGUAGCAUGCGUGGACAUCUUUGAUGGGAAAAAUAUGGCAUAACCUAACCUGACCUAAUAGGCCAACCCUGGGCUUGAUGAGGAGGUCCAUUGGAUAUUAGAUAUGGUAUGAAAGUAUAUAGGUUUUACAAUCGGCCACAACAUUAACUAGCCCUUGAUCAUGGAGCACAAUGUGGAGCGUUGUGGCCCAGUGGAUUAGUCUCCGGACUUUGAAACAGAGGGUCGUGGGUUCGAAUCCCAGCCAUGGCGUAAUUUCCUUCAGCAAGAAAU